GUGGAACAUUCUGGACUUCAUAGUGGUCAGUGGGGCGCUGGUGGCUUUUGCAUUUUCGAGCUUCAUGGGCAUCCAUAAAUGUGCUGUACCUUGUUUUACCACUGUUUUCCCCCAAGUAGAUCGCAACAAGGUGUGACCAGGGGGACCAAAGGCAAAGACAUCAGCACUAUCAAGUCACUGAGGGUUCUCCGAGUACUCAGGCCUCUCAAGACCAUCAAACGUCUGCCGAAGCUCAAGGCAGUGUUCGACUGUGUGGUCAACUCUUUGAAGAACGUGCUGAACAUCCUCAUCGUUUACAUCCUCUUCAUGUUCAUCUUUGCCGUCAUUGCAGUUCAGCUCUUCAAAGGAAAAUUCUUCUUCUGCACAGACGAGUCCAAGGGCCUGGAGAAGGACUGCAAAGGACAGUUCUUGGACUACGACAAAGAUGAGGUAGCUGCCAUGACCCGAGAGUGGAAAAAAUAUGAUUUCCAUUAUGACAAUGUGCUGUGGGCCUUCCUGACGCUCUUCACUGUCUCCACUGGGGAGGGCUGGCCAACUGUACUGAAGCACUCUGUGGAUGCCACCUUUGAAGACCAGGGUCCCAGUCCAGGCUACCGGAUAGAAAUGUCCAUCUUCUAUGUGGUCUACUUUGUGGUCUUCCCUUUCUUCUUUGUCAACAUCUUCGUCGCUCUGAUCAUCAUUACCUUCCAGGAGCAGGGAGACAAGGCCCUGUCUGAGUGCAGCUUGGAGAAGAACGAGAGGGCAUGCAUAGACUUUGCCAUAAACGCCAAACCUCUGACACGCUACAUGCCAGAGAACACGCAGUCCUUCCAGUACAGGAUGUGGAAGUUUGUGGUCUCAGCUCCGUUUGAGUACUCCAUCAUGAUCAUGAUCGCUCUCAACACUGUGGUACUCAUGAUGAAGUUCCACGGAGCUCCAGAGUUCUAUGAAGCGAUGCUGAAGAACCUCAAUAUAGUCUUCACCACUCUCUUCUCUCUGGAGUGUAUCCUCAAGAUCAUUGCUUUUGGUCCUCUGAACUACCUGAAGGACGCCUGGAACGUGUUUGACUUUGUGACAGUGCUGGGCAGCAUCACUGACAUCCUGGUGACUGAAAUCAAUACUACGGACAGACUGCUGAACCUGAGCUUCCUGAGGCUGUUCAGAGCCGCUCGGCUCAUCAAGCUGCUGAGGCAGGGAUACACCAUCCGCAUCCUGCUGUGGACCUUCGUCCAGUCCUUCAAGGCCCUGCCUUAUGUUUGCCUGCUGAUUGCUAUGCUGUUCUUCAUCUAUGCCAUCAUUGGGAUGCAGGUGUUUGGAAACAUUGACCUGAAUGAGGACACAGCCAUCAAUCACCACAACAACUUCCGCACAUUCCUCCAGGCUCUCAUGCUGCUGUUCAGGAGUGCAACUGGUGAGGCCUGGCACGAGAUCAUGUUAUCAUGUCUGAGUCGCCGACCCUGUGACGAGCGAUCAGGGACCCAUGGGAAAGAGUGCGGCAGUGAUUUUGCCUACUUCUACUUUGUCUCCUUUAUCUUCCUGUGCUCCUUCCUGAUGCUGAACCUGUUUGUGGCUGUCAUCAUGGAUAACUUUGAGUACCUAACCAGAGAUUCCUCCAUCCUGGGACCUCAUCACCUCGAUGAGUUCAUCCGGGUUUGGGCCGAGUACGACCCAGCUGCGUGUGGCCGUAUCAAGUACCUCGAUAUGUAUCAGAUGCUGCUCCACAUGUCCCCACCAUUAGGUUUGGGAAAGAAAUGUCCGCCAAGAGUCGCCUACAAGCGUCUCGUCAAAAUGAACAUGCCCAUCGCUGAUGACAACACCGUCCACUUCACCUCCACCCUGAUGGCCCUGAUCCGCACCGCCCUGGAGAUCAAACUGGCCUCAGGUAUGGUAGCCCAGCGAUUAUCUGACGCUGAGUUAAAGAAGGAGUUGUUCACAGUGUGGCCCAACCUCUCACAAAAGACCAUGGACCUGUUGGUGACGCCACAUAAACCCAAUGAACUGACGGUAGGGAAGGUUUACGCAGCCCUGAUGAUCUUCGACUACUACAAGCAGAAUCGAGCGAGGAGGCUGCAGCUGCAGCAGCAGCAGCAGCAGAACGCGUCAGGCUCCCAGUGCAAGGUCGGGGCUCUGUUUAAGCCAUUGCUGCCUCUGACUCACAUGCAGGAGAAAGGCCUGCCUAUGAUGUUAAACAGUGUGGAGCCUCCCAGCAUGCUUCAGUCCCAGCCCAAAUCCAAUGCCAAGUCCCAGCCACAGACCAGACCUAGCUCCAACUCCCUCAACAAUGGAGGCACGCUGCCAGGUCAUGAUCACAACAUCAAGCCAUCACCUUCCUUGGUGAUGGAGAAACCCAAGGCUAAGAGAACCAUAUCCAGGGGCCCGUCAGAGGACACACCAGACACUGCCGUCAUUCAGGAGUCAGUGGAGAUGAGGAGGAUGGAGACCAGUGCCAGCAGUACGAUCCCAGUCCCUGGCACGGGUCUGGAGAACCAGGGCAGAGCUGCUUCUAUGCCUCGCCUUACUGCUGAGCUGCAGCGGGGCCACUCACGACACUCUCCAGGGAUCCAUCUACCUUCUGUCCCUGAUGCCAGUCCCAUGAGGCGCUCAGCCUCCACUGUGGCCCCACAGCGACCCCAGGAGGUCAACCUGAGGGACUACACCCUGGAGAAACCCAGCCAGGAGCGGCCCCACCACCAUCACCACCACCACCGCUGCCACCACCGCAGAGACAGGGAUAAAGACAGAGAGAAGAGGCAGAGGUCUUUGGAUACACCUCUAGGUGGACAACCUCCAGCCUCUGCUGGAGAGCCAGGGUCUGACCCAGCUGCCUCCAGAGAGCGAGCCCACGAUCGCGGACGCUCCCACGAGAGGAAACACCACCACUCCUCAGCGGACAAGCAGCGCUACUACUCCUGCGACCGCUUCUGCAGCCGGGAACACUGCCACACCAAAUCUGCCACCGCUAGCUGCGCCGCCUCCCCCAGCGAGGGGCAGGAAACCAGCAACAAGCAGGGCAGUGGUUGGGUUAAAGGCAGCCCAGUGGCACUGAGUUCCAGUUCUAGCACGCCAAGCCGCGGACGUCGGCAGCUCCCCCAGACCCCCCUCACCCCACGGCCAGGGGUGGCCUACAAGACUGCCAAUUCUUCCCCCGUGCACUUUGUGUCCAGCCAGGCCUCUCUGAGUCCUGGCCGGCUGAGCCGCGGCCUGUCGGAGCACAACGCCCUCCGGCACAGCGGCUCCCGCCACUUCCCCUGCCCUGUCACUCGUAUCAGCUCCGAGCCCUUCUUGGGCCGGGGCCAUGGCGAUGCCCUGGGCAGCCCCUACGGCAGCCUCCGGGACCAGCUAGACGUCUUCCAGGAUGUGGCGUCACUGUCGCCCAGCCCCCGUGCCGGACGCUCAUCUUGGACCGCACUGCCUCGCAUGAUGGGAGCCCUGCUUCCGGCUCCACAGCAGAACCUUGGGGUGCCCAAUGGGUACCACUUCAGCUUCGGGGGCAACACCAGCCCAGGCUCUGGCGUCAGGGCACCCAGGUAUUACCAGGAGGCAGAGGAGGACGAAUGGUGCUAGCAUGGCUUUAAACCAACCUUUUUAAUGCAUUUUUGAGGAACUGUGAUGAGUUUUAUCAUCUUCUUUGAAGGCUUUAGUUUACAUUGUCACUGUGUGUGUUUAAUGCUGUAUUUUAAUCCUAACUUGGAGAGCUAAGUUUAGGGAGAACAUCUAAACAGGGAGAACACUUGAAGUGGGUAAUAUUUGAAUGUGAACAACAAAUUGUAAGGGCACAUAGCGUUAUGAAGCAGAGGAGUAGACUUUUUGCCAACAUCAGAUAUCUUACCGUAGCUAUCCUUGAUUUGCUUUGACCAGUGUUUUGUUGACACCACCAUAUCG